ACAUGUAAAUCUCAAUGACUAUAUGAUCUAAGUAUUAUAGCAGGUAUAUUCUUCUUAGACUGUUAACGCCAGAAAGGAAGGAAGAAGACGAAUAAGCAACUGUGCCAUAAAGCUCAUUAUUUAUCUCAACCUUUGAAGCGAAGGUUAAACUUGUUUGCGGUUAUUCUUGUAAAGAGUUCAAAGACAUGUCUUCAAAAAAUAAGAACAAGUUCUUUAACAACAGGCGUAAACGUAAUGUUAUUAGCAAAGCUGAAAGAUACCGAAUGGAGAGUGAUAGUGGUAUUCUUGAAAAUGAAGAUUUAGAAGAAGCACCUGCUAAGCAACACGUACCAUUUCCAGUGGUUAUGUGGGAUUAUGGGCAGUGUGAUUCAAAAAAAUGCUCUGGUAGGAAGCUUGCGAAACAUAAUUUGAUCAAAGUUUUACGGUCCAAUACAAAUUUUAAAGGAUUGGUACUUCCACCCUCACCAAAUGCGGAAGUACUAACUCCUCAGGACAAAGAUUUUAUUCAAGAACAGGGUUUAGCUGUGGUUGAUUGUAGUUGGGCUCGCUUUGAAGAAAUUCCACUUGGUCAUAUAAAAUUCAAGAACUCAAGAACUCUUCCCUUCUUAGUUGCUGCCAAUCCUAUAAAUUAUGGUCAUCCAUACAAAUUAAGCUGCGUUGAAGCAAUUGCAGCAGCUCUGUACAUAACUGGCUUCAAAGAAGAAGCUGAAUUUUACUUGGGUAAAUUUUCAUGGGGUCAUUCAUUCCUAUCUCUCAAUGAAGAAUUACUUGAGGGCUACUCAGCUUGUGCAAAUUUAGACGAAAUGAAACAAGUAGAGGAAGACUUUGUGGAGGAAGCUCGUAAGGAAAGGCAGAGACAACUUGAUAAACCAGAUUUUCCACCAAGUGAAAGUAGUGAAUAUGAAACAGAUGAGGAAGCAGAAGCACAAAGUAGCAGCAAAAAUGCUAAAGAUGAUAAGCAAGUUGAAGAAAGCACAAAAACUGAAGAAGCAGAUUCUGUAGAAAAAGAAAAUUCGACUGAUAAAAUAAACGAAUCUGUAAUUGAUGAUAGUUCAAUAAAUGAAGAACAAAAUCAGCCGACCACAACAAAAAAUGACGACGUAUAGUAUAAAAUGAUCUACUAAUUUUCUGUAAAUUUGUAAAAAAGUGAGUGCGUGCAUUUUUAAUUUAAUUGUAUGAUAUUCCAUUUAUAAAAUUAUGAAUGAGUGAUUAGAGCGAAAAUUUUACCGAUUGUAAAACGAUUUAGACGAUCGUUGUUUUAAUUGAAAAAAUAUUACAAACAUUGUUGAACUAAUAAAAGAUAUAUAUAGAACCAUGAAAAAAA